AUGGCCUCUAAACCUUGUUCCCACCUUGCUAUUUUCCUGACACUCAACCUCAUCUUCUUUUCACUUGUCACAGCAUGCGGUAACAAAAAUUGCCCUCCUCCAACAUCAAACCCCAACCUAAAACCUAACCUUUCUUCAAGCGGAAAGUGCCCCCGUGACACACUCAAACUAGGUGUGUGUACUGAUGUGUUGGGGUCGUUGUUGAACGUGACAUUAGGUCAACCACCAGUGGCACCAUGCUGCUCCUUCUUCCAAGGCCUUGUUGACCUUGAGGCUGCGGUGUGUCUCUGUACCGCCCUUAAAGCAGACAUUUUGGGCAUCCAUCUCAACAUUCCCAUCUCACUCCGUUUGCUCCUCAACGUUUGCUCAAAGAAAGUCCCAGAUGGCUUCCAAUGUGCCUAA